CAGAGUUGCCAACGGUAAGUAUAGGGUAAGUCAACGUUUUCAGUGUCGGCUUGAUAGACCCCUAGGAACGUUAUAGAGUACGUUGAAGACGUCGGAGUAGGUGUACACAUAUUUUGAUGGGGUGGACUAAUCUUGGUACCACUCUGAACCACAUGUGUUUCUCGCCAAAAUAUUUGUUUUCCUUCACGGUUACUCUCAAGAGGUGAACAUAUCUAAUAGGUAAGAUCGGACUCUGAAGAAUUACGCAUGAAGAAUAUGGGAAAGAAGUGAAAAGGCAGCGUGAAGGUAUAAAGUAAGAGUGAAUGGUGCUUGGAUAAAAAGGUAGCGAACAGAAGUUUAAGGUGAAAAGAAAGCUUGAAAGGGGUUCACCUUCCGACAUGGCGAUCGCAGAUCUUUUGGAUCUUUGUUCUUCCUCCUCAUUUACUCUCACAAAGCAGAGUUGUGAAGAUACCAAGCAGAGCGGUGAGUAAAGAAGAAAUGAUGGACGUUUUAUCUGGGCCCCCAACUCGAACUGUGCAAUUUCCAAUAAAUUUUGCAAAAGAUCGUUAUCUCCCAACACAAAACCGUGCAAAAUUUUUGCGCUCUCCUCCUCACAUUUACUGUUAAAAAGCGAAAGCGCAGUUGUUAAAGUAUAGGUAAGGUAAAAGCGCAUAAAUAUGGUGAAGGGGGCGUAAGACAUAUGGACAGCUAAUAGUUCUCACAAGCAUCUUUGUCUGUCCCCUUCAAGUUCCGUUGUUUCAAUUUUAUUUUAAAAAGAACGGUAGGUGUGAGAGAAAACGUGCAAAAGUGUUAUGUAGAUUUAACAAAAUCCAACGACCUCAUCUGUGGUACUCUCGCUCCGUGACCGCUCGUUGGUCAAAUUUUCGGCAUUCACUUAGCGCCGGAAAUACAGUCCCCGAACAGUACGAGGUGUUACGAGCAAGAAAAAUUUUCUGGUUUUUCCGCUACGGUCCUUCAGAGUCAGGCGCACGAGCGUCAAAACACGCCUUGGCGCUUCCAAGGAUCGUCGUGGGUGCGCCUCUAAAUCCUUGGAAUCGCUGACUGGCCUCGAUGGUUUUUUUGAAACACACUGAAAAUGCUGCGGGCAUCCAAAAUGCUUGUGUGCAGACUCACAAAACCCCAUCUUGUCUUAUACAUGAACCAAUUAAAGUCCACUUGCUUUUGACAUGCGGUUUGUUUCUCUGAGGGCCUGCUUUUCUUGUUACCGUCAACUCUAUCUAUCGCAUAAAUAUAAGUGACACAAGAAAAAUCCGCCCUUAAACAAUCAGUGACUUGGGGAGUUCCCAGUUCGUACCAAAAAAGGGGAAAUUUUCUCAUGAGGAAUUCCACGAACUGAUAAAGGUAUAUCCCACACAUAAUUCAAAUAUCGUAAAUUACUUUAGCAUAUUUGAUGCCAUAUACGCUAAUUCUACUUGAUACAUUGGCUUAGCGCUUAUUUUUUGAAGUUGUGUAGAUUAGUUGUUAAUUGGUGUGCUCAUACCGGCUUAGCUUAGUCAAAAGUAUAAAUACUAGAGACAGUGUUUUCUACUUAACUGUACCAGUGUAGCACUUGCUAUUGAAAAUGAAGGUUGUACUUCCGUUGAUGUUGGCAGUUAUUUUUGCAGAUGUUAAAUCCCAAGCUAUAAACAAUUCAACUUUUUGCAAACAACCAGGAUAUGCGUGCAGUAGCUGUAAUCAGGUAGUCCUCUGCGUCCAGAAUGAAGCGAACUUCACAGAGUAUCCAAUCGCGUCAUGCGGUGGGAAUAGCAGCUGCUCCAAUGGCAUUUGCAUUGUCGGUCCAAACCCACAAUGCGAUCCUGUAGUCGAGGUGCAUAACGCCACUUUUAUCUGUCGCACAACCGGAAUGUACCCGGAUCCCUUCGACACGCAGCUCUUCCACCACUGCGUAAAAACGAACAAUAGAAGUUGCAGCGAGGGGCCUUUGGAGCACUUUGAAGACCGAUGCGAUUGCGAUCACGCCUACAACGCGAGAACGACAUUUUGCGACCUUCCAAUAAAGGACUACAAUUACACCGUUUCAAUCCCAGAGUGCGAUCAUCAGGGACAGUCAGGUUUUUUGAACGAAAAUCCAUCUUUGUAUUACGUGUGUCAGUACCAUCCGAGUGGAGGUUUGUAUCCUUUCCAAUACAGUUGUGAAAAUGGAAAAAUGUACAAUCCAUAUUUGUAUAUAUGCGAAUCGUUUCUGGAAAGUUGAGCAGGACGUAAAGAAACUUGUUAAACCUACGACUAUUUUUUUCAAUUAUAUAAAUAGUACCUACAGCUUUUAAAUAAAGAUUUAGGAACCACCAAAGAAAAA